UGAGCUCCUUGAGUUCUCAGGGGCUGGCUGUAGGGCUGGGUUACACCUCUCUCAUUCCUCCCCUCAGGUCCCUGCCACUGUGUUUUUCUUCCCUGUCCUGGGCAGCGCGCACACUCACAUACACGCACCUUUCUUUUUCCUGGAUCCACCAACCUGGGCUGAGAAGCCAGGAGAGAGGGUGGCAAGGUUUGGAGGAACCGCUGGGACGAUUGGUUUUUGAAUAGCGAUUCUUCACCAUGGAUAGAUUCUUCAUCAUCUUCAGAAGCCUGAUCCUGUUGCAGGUGCUCUGCUUGGCCUUAUCACAAGUGACCGGUCCACCCGGACCACAGGGCCCCCUUGGUCCCCCUGGCCCCGCUGGAACUCCCGGUGCCGACGGCAUUGAUGGUGAAAAAGGUCCUCCUGGACCUCCUGGACCAGCAGGACAAAAGGGAGAGUCAGGUGAGCCUGGUCCUGAUGGAUCUCCAGGGGAGGAUGGCAUUGAUGGUUUGAUUGGGGCUAAGGGUGAGAGGGGCCCUCGUGGUAAUCCUGGACCAAAGGGUCAGCCAGGGCCUGGUGGACCACCAGGGCGACCUGGACCUGGACUGCCUGGACUUCCUGGAGCAGCAGGCCCCAUUGGGCUUCCUGGACAAAUUGGGACUACUGGGCCAAAGGGUGACAUGGGAAGUCCUGGAGCUCCAGGAUUAACCGGACCUCCAGGAAAGCCAGGUCCACCAGGAAAGUUUUUGGGUGUAGAGGAAGGCAGUGCUGACUUCCAGUGUCCAACCAACUGUCCACCUGGGCCAAAAGGUCCUCAGGGCCUACAGGGAGUGAAGGGACAUAAAGGUCGCUCUGGGGUAUUGGGAGAUCCAGGAAGCAUCGGAAAAGUGUCAGACACUCUCGACGUCAUGUCGGGACAGAUGAAUGGGAAUCCCUACCAACGUGCCACAGGUAUUGCCCCCUUCAGUGCAUCUGAAUAUUCCUAUAAGGCAGACGAUAGGACCGUGCUCUACACAGAGAAGGAGCCACCGAGAUGGCUGGGGAGCGCUAACCAGGCUCAGAGAGACCAUGCCAGUGGAACCAACGGAGCAUCAUACGUCGGAGUAUGUCGGAGCAUCACCGACGUACCCGCAGUGGGGCAGCAGCCCGGGGCCUGUGACAGCCAUGCCUAUGACGGCAGAGGGCGGGGUCUGGGUGUGAAGUGUAACACUCACCUGAUCCCUCCUCGUGAGAGGGGGAACGCAGGCCCCCGGCUUGAGGCUUGUAACAGCCUGGCGGGGCAACUCAGCCUAGUCGUCAUCCCUGGAGAGCGAGAGAGCUCGCCCUCCGAUGCAGCGAUCGACAUCUGGUUGUCAGGGGAAGCACUGAAGGAUAUGGGCGGUACACUCUGUCCUGCAAAGGGCCCAGCGCGCACCUCCGGCAGCUCCACCGGCUGCGGAGCACUUGAGGGGGAUUGCUCUCCUGGUGUGGCUGUCUGCACGCCGGAUGAUUCCCGUGAGACCGUGACCACCACUGCUGUCUGCCGUUAUGCCCGUACUCACUUUCUGCAAUCACUCGAAGAGAAGAGCAGUAGCGAUGCACCACUGCUCGGCUCCGAAGGAGCUACAGGACAAAAUGGAAGACCUGGAGCUCCUGGUCUUCAGGGAGAUGCUGGUUUGCCUGGUAUGCCUGGAGCCAAGGGUGAAAUUGGAAUUAAGGGUGAGACAGGAACCCGAGGCUUGACGGGAAUGCAAGGUCCUCCAGGACCUCAAGGAGAGCCUGGUCCUCCAGGUGAAGCUGGCAUGGAGGGAGUCCCAGGUCCAAAGGGUGACAGGGGCGAAAGAGGACCAGUUGGGUCUCCUGGUAUUGUUGGCUUGCCUGGCAGUAAAGGAGAGAGGGGACCCAUGGGCGUCCCAGGUGCUCAGGGUCUAACUGGAACGAAGGGUGACAAGGGAUUCCAAGGCAAAGUGGGAUCAAAGGGAGACGUUGGUGAUCCUGGUGUAGAGGGAUUGGCUGGGGAGAAAGGAGAGAAGGGACAAUCUGGGGAGCCCGGACCUAAGGGACAGCAAGGUGUGAUCGGUGAUCAAGGGAACAACGGCCCUACCGGAGAUCCCGGUAAACCAGGAGACCAGGGUCCUGCAGGCUUACCUGGUUCACGUGGCCUGCAUGGAGAAAGAGGAGUUCCAGGGAUGCCUGGAAUACAAGGACCACCUGGUCGUGAUGCUAUAGAUCAACACAUCAUUGACGUUGUCCUGAAGAUGCUUCAAGAGAAGUUAGCAGCGGUAGCGGUGAGCUCUAAGAGAGCCGUGCUGGGUGGAGCAGGUGUGAUGGGCCCUCCAGGUCUUCCAGGACCACCUGGACCUCCAGGAUCUCAGGGUCCUCAUGGACUGCCAGGCGGCCGUGGCAUUCCUGGCAUAAUCGGGGGCCCAGGCCAGAUUGGAAACACUGGUCUUAAAGGGAAGAGGGGUGCAAAGGGAGAGAGAGGAGAUCUUGGACGACCACAUCCUGGCCAACCGGGACCACCUGGACUGCCAGGUCCUCCAGGUCUUGACGGUGUGGCUCGUGACGGUAGGCCAGGCGAGCGAGGACCUCAGGGUGCAGCGGGUGAGCCAGGCCGUCCUGGAAAGGCUGGUCCUCUCGGUCUUCCUGGAUUUUGUGAAGCAGCUGCAUGUUUGGCAGCAUCCGCCUACACUUCUCCCAGAUUACAAGAGGCGGGAACAGUAAAGGGCCCAUCCACUUAAAGCAAGCCCUCUACUGGGGCAUAAGAACAUCUGGGAGAGAACGAAAAAGUCAGAAAGAAACAAAGAAAGAGGGAGAAGCGUGGAAAGAGGGGCCUUCUCUUCAAUGGACACAUUGUAAGGGGGGAGGGAGCAGCUGCUGCUUGAUAUUGUGAACUUUUUGUAUGUGUUAGGAUUGUUUAUAUAUGAUUUGACAUCUACGGAAAGGAAGUGUUAAGUUGGCAAUGUCAGCCGCUGCUGCUCUGUCCAACCUUACAGUACAGAGAGAUGUGAGGACAUUGCCAGUGACAUCACUGAUAACAUCAUCAUCCUGCGCCCUGGACUAGAAGAACUGUGAGAAUGACAUUUAAAACAAAGGAGCUGUUUUUUUAUUUUUUUAUAUUAUUUGUUUUGUGCAUCUGAUCCAAACUCUUAAAAGAUAAAGGAUGAUGGUGAGAUUUUUACAUGCCAGGAAAUUCUCCUAUAAUUGAACCAAUAAAAAGUAUUCAAAGCUACUUUAUUAAUAGAUUCAUUUACCUUGUGCUUCAGUGAACGUCUUCCCCGGCUCGAGCGGAUACCUCAUGUGUACAUUAUGCCCUUGUUUGUAUUGUGUCCAUCUCCGCCAUGAAGCAAUGCCUUUGAUCUGCUCUUCUAGGUGAGAUGGUGACGUGCUCCCAUUAACUUUAUCCUCUAUUCCAUGCUGUAAAUCUUUGUAAAUGUGUAUUAAUUGUGUAUGGACAGGGUGGGUUUAGAAUAUAAAACAGAGUUAAUGAAUUUAAUCAGCAUUCAGGAUCAAACGCCAAACAAUGCUUAGACUUUCUGGUCAAUUACAAACCUGUAUGCCACUUUGAACAUACUGUGUGUUAUGUACUUAGAGAAGAACUUCAUUAACAGACUAUUUAUUGUUCUUUUUUGGUUCGUCUGUAAACACUCAAGUUUUCUUGCCUGAUUGUUCAGAUUUACCCCAAUCAAUAAACCGGAACGUUUUGUAAAACUCAAUGUUCGUCUGCAUCGUGAACAUCUGAGAGGAACAACGAUUUUAACUUCUGAAGAACUUAUUUUCUCUCCUCUG